AUGUAUCCUGUAAAAUUGGUUUUUCAUGGAUAUAAUGAUCCAUCGAUUUUAAAUUUAAUAUUUGUUAGUGUUUUAUAUUCAUUUACACGUUGUCGGAAAUGUAAUUCAGUUGAUGCUGUAACAAUCACAGCUCCACCUCGAUCAUCAUCAUUAUUGAUCGGUGGAAGACGUCAGAUUACCGCUAAUAUGCCCGAUGAACAACGUCUGUUUUAUACACUUAUGAAUGGAUAUGAAAAAGCAACUAGGCCGACAAAAAAAGCAUCUGAUGCCGUAGUUGUUAAAUUAGGCAUAACUUUAACACAAAUUAUGGAUAUUGAUGAACGUAAUCAAAUCAUGACUACGAAUAUUUGGCUUGAUCAAGAAUGGAAUGAUGAAUUUCUUAAAUGGACUCCUUCAGAAUUUGGUGGUUUGAAAAAAAUACGUAUACCUUGUCGUUAUCUUUGGUUACCUGAUAUUGUUUUAUAUAAUUCAGCUGAUGAUUAUACCCAAGGAUAUAUGCAAUCAUUAGCUAUGAUUAGUUAUGAUGGAACUGUAUUUUGGCCGCCUAUUGUUAAAUUUCGAUCCACUUGUAAAAUUGGUAUAACUUGGUUUCCAUUUGAUGAUCAAUUAUGUUUUUUGAAAUUUGGUUCAUGGACAUAUGAUUCUACUCAAGUUAUCUUAACAAAUCGUUCAGAAAAUGUUGACAUGUUAAAUUAUGUUGAUAAUGGUGAAUGGAAAUUAUUAUCGUCAUGGACUGUUUUAUCAAGAUUAACAUAUCCAUGUUGUGAUGAAUCAUAUUUUGAUUUAAAAUUUUAUUUCCAUAUUCGACGUCGAACAUUAUAUUAUACGUAUAAUGUUAUUAUACCUUGUAUUAUGCUUUCAAUAUUAACAUGUUUAACAUUUUAUUUACCAACUGAAUCAGGUGAAAAAGUCUCAUUAGGUUUAACAGUUCUUCUUGCUUUUUCAGUUUUUAUGUUAUUAAUUGCUGAAUCAAUGCCAGCAACAAGUGAAUAUAUUCCAUUAAUUAGUAUUUAUUUUACAUUAGUUAUGGGUUUAACUAGUCUAUCAGUUUUAUUAGCUGUUAUUGUACUUAAUGUUCAUUUAUACGGUUCAUCGUUAAAACCAGUUCCAACACGAUUACGUCGUAUAAUAUUUUAUUAUCUUGCACCUUUUUUAUGUGUUAAAUUACAUCGUGGAUCAAAAUCAGAUAAUCAAAAAGAUCCUCUACAAUCCUCCGUUAAAAUUCCACGUCGUACAACAACAAUAUAUAAUGCAAUUUUUUUAAAUGAAAGUGAUCUAUUAGCAAGUAGUCAACAACAAUCAUCGCAUACAUUUCAAUCAACAACAAUAAAUGAAAAUAAUUUAUAUUCCGAUUCAUCAUCAGUAUCAAAUCUUCAAACAUCACCACAAUCUUUAGGUGAAUGUCAACGUCUUCUUACAGAACUUAAUCGUCUUAUUUUACGUCCAACUGAAACACAUGAAGAAGAUAUUAUUGUACGUGAUUGGCAAAAUGUUGCAUUAGUUCUUGAUCGUUGUCUAUUUAUUCUAUAUAUUUUUUUAACAAGUUCAUUAACUAUAGGAACACUUAUUUUAGCACCAUUACUUAAAUUUAUUCCACAAGCACCGAAUUAUCGUGAAUUAAAUAUUACACGGGAUUAA